CCAGAGAUCGGACAGUCUAUUCGAGCAUGCGUUACUCCACUCCUCACCAAUUUUAACAUCACUGAAGUUCCUAAUGACAUAAUAUUAUCUGUUUCUAAAAAGGAUUAUCAGUGGAUAAAAGAGUUAGCCAAAGUGGGAACUUUACGGAAUAUAUCUUUUGUAGGAGACAAUCUGCCGUCUUCAAAAGUCGAUGGCGAAACAGUACUCGGUAGAAUUCCGAUAAUGAAGCUUCUUGGAGCUGUAGCAGGGUUGUAUCCAAUUUCUCAAGACCACGCUCUGUUAGCGAUGCAUACCGAUCGCUGGCUUAUUCUAGCGGAUGAAUUUCUUACUGGCGAGAAAUCGUUAGACUAUGUUUCCCGUCUACUAAGCACUGCCCUCAGUUCAUCCGAUUUUCUUGCAUCAUGUUAUGUUCCAACAGCUGCAGAUAUUAUUUUAUCUUCGGUUAUUACCGACUUGAGAGUUUACCCUAACAAUGUUGAGUUAUGGAUAAAAAGACUUUGUAAAAUUCUCAAUUAA